AUGCCACAUAAACUGCAGCAACAUCUUUUCGUUUUCAGCUUCCAUAUAAAUUCAUUGACCACUGUAAAUACUAUAAACAAAGAUAUUGCACAAGAUUUUGUGUCUUCGUGUUUAGAAAUUGCAAACAUCAAACAGCCAGCGGAAUGUGUUAAGUAUAUAAAUAAUAUGACUAUAAAAGAAUUUUGA